ACCAAAUCACCUUCCUAAAUAGAGAGAGAUUUUCUCCUAUUGCGAUAGCGUAUUCUCUCUCUUUCUCAGUCGUAAGUAAGGGUUUCAGAUUCCCCACAGAGAUGGAGAACACCCAAAUCCCCACUCCAGGAAAUCCGCGGGCCCUACCGGAGCCCAUCCAUCAACAGAUCUUUGUGAAGGUUGAGAAAACCAUCGGGUUCAGAGCAGAGAUCUCGGACACAAUUGACAACAUUAAAGCUAAAUUCCGAGAUAUGGAUAGUAUUGCAACUAACCUCCAGGAGAUUUCCAUCUCCAGAAACAACCUCAAGAAUGUUCAGACAAUGGUUGAUUAUGGAUCCCAAAAUGCCUCAACCAUCAACUUGCUAGUACAGUCAGGAGGUAAAAUGCAGAUAUAUGUGAAGAUUCCUCUGAUAAAAAAAACCAUUGUGCUGGAAGUGAAGAAUUGGGACACUGUCCACAAUGUCAAGGCCUGUGUUCAGGAAAAGCAGGCAGUCCCACCUGACAGACAGACCCUCAUCUAUGCCGGAAAACUGCUUGAGGAUAGCCAAUCUUUGGCCUCUUACAACAUCCAAAAUGGAACCACUCUUCAUGCAGUCUUCCGCCCGAGUGAUGGAAUGCAAAUAUUUGUCAGUAGGCGAACAGGAGAUGUCAUCAAACUCGAAGUGAAAACAUGGUACACCAUCCGGGACAUCAAAACUACAAUUGAGAGCAUGUUGGGGACCCCACAACACCAACAAAUGCUUAUCUAUGCUGGAAAGCUGCUUGAUGAUGAUCCAACCUUAGCUGAAUAUGGCAUCAAGAGUGAAUCAACCCUUCAAUUGCGGCCCUACGAGAUGCAGAUUUUCUUUAAGCCACUGACUGGAAGGACCAUUUCACUUGUAAUGAAGCUAUGCGAUACCAUCAAGAGUGUUAAGGCCAAGAUUCAGGAAAAGGAAGGGACACCUGUAAGAAAUCUCAGGCUCGUCUAUGCAGGAAAAUUACUUGAGGACAACCGAACACUCCAGGAUUACAAUAUCGAAAAGGACUCCACCUUGAACAUGAUGUAAUUUGGAAGAAGGUAAUAGUUAGAAGUGAAUGUAAAAGGACUCCCAAUACUUUUGUAAACGAGUUUGAUGUCUACCCAUUUGUGGCAACAUGGUAACACAUGAAGGCUUUCUUUUGAACUCAUUUAGAUUCUUAGAAUUAUUUCCACUUGUGUCUGCAUUCCAUGAAAGUACUUAUCCCCCCUUAAAUACCAUGUUGGAUU